GGAACACUGAACCAACAAUCUAAAUUCAUAAUUUUUAUGUUUGGAUUGCAGGGUUCAAUAUCUAUUAGCAUGACAUUAAAUCAAACAACGUUCUGCUUUGUUUGUACCCACUUGACUUCAGGGGAGAAAGAAGGAGAUGAAGUUAGAAGGAAUUCUGAUGUUACUGAAAUUUUAAGAAGAACGAGAUUUUCUUGUUCAUAUAAAGAUUUUAGGCAACCCCCUCCUCCUGAGAGCAUAUUGGAGCAUGACAAGAUUAUUUGGCUGGGGGAUUUGAAUUAUCGCCUGGUUGCUAGUAGCCACGACAUAAAUGAGUCAUUGACAAAAAAUGAAUGGCAGGCUCUUUUGGAGAAGGAUCAGCUAAAGAUAGAACAGAAAGCUGGUCGAGUAUUUAAAGGGUGGGAAGAAGGGAGGAUAUGUUUUGCCCCAACUUACAAAUAUGGCACCAAUUCUGACCAUUAUGUUGGCCAAACAUCUAAAUCAAAAGAGAAACAACGUACUCCUGCUUGGUGUGAUAGGAUAUUGUGGAAAGGUGAAGGGAUGAAACAGUUAUGGUAUGCAAGGGGAGAGUCUAGAUUUUCAGACCACAGAUCAGUUUAUUCCCUAUUUUCAGUCCAAGUCAAUUCAGCAAACUGCAUCCCAACCGCUAGAUCCUGCCCGCUAAAACUUCCUACAAGCACCAGCCUCUCCUCUUCGGGCCUAGCCAAGGUCCAAGCAGAGGAGCUCUUGAUUAUUCCAAGGACACAGAGCUGCGUAGAAACCAAUCCCAGAUUUUAUUGACAAUCCAGUUCCACAAGUUAUAGAAAGUAACCUGCCAUUACUGCCCUACUGGGGUCAGAACUCUUACCAAUACUGUAAGACAAGCAUCCACCAGGACAACUGCAGGGUCUCUGGCAUUUUUAUCAUCUGGGGGACUACCUGCAAGGCCAUGUGAUUGUUUUGAUAUGAACUUAUGAAGUGAUGAGGGAAUAUGUUCUGGGACCAAUAGCUCGAGACAGUUUUUGCUGUUUACCCUUUGCUGUCUAUGAUGAAAACCGUAAGUGGGGUUUGUCAUACAUCCACUGCUGCACGCCUGAUUUUUGACAUGACGGUGGUGGAUCAUGGGGAUGCUGAUGAUUGAACGGACGGGUAGAGGAGGGAAUUGGAAAGGAAAAGUUGGUAUUAUGAGCAUUCCUUAUUUCCAUGUCAAUAUGUCCAUGCGCUUUUAUGUUUCUCUUGGAAGCUGCCACCCAACCUGAUCAAGUGUUUCAGACUUUUGUUAGAGGAGUUCAGCUUUCUGCAGAGAAGGGUUCAAUUUUUUUUUUUUUUUCCUUUGCCUCUCAAAUUUUGAUGCUGGUGGAAGUGUACGUGGAAAGAUAUAGCUUCCGGGAGAGUCUCCUAUAUAUCUUAUAGCUGAAACUUUUCAACACUGUCUGAACAGAUUAAGAAAUAUAUAAUAAUGUAAUGCUUUGUUG